AUUUAGUAAAGUGGCCGUCAUUCUACGUCAGGCGAGACCAGAAAUGGCCAAUCUCACCGUAACUUCUCCGUCCGCACGUUUCGGUCUGACGGAGUGUUUUAUUUCCAUCGUCAUUUUUUGUCCAGUUCACAUUCCCAACGACGUGGUCUCUUGAUUGUGCUGCAUUCCGGAGCGAUAUCUUGCCGCUCAAUUUCGAUGCUGCCACGAGUUCAGAAUUGUUUCAACAGUAGUAUUGCCAAGGCCCAUAAGACUUCACCGUUCCGUACGAAGCGCAGCGCCCCUGGGUUACUUUUGUUUGGUAAGGGAGUUGAUUCGAAGGUGGCCUUCGAGCAAUAUUCAAAUUGACGGUAGUUUGACACUUGACACAGAUCGCGAAUUCUAUGCAUGGGCAGGUAGACGCUCGUUGACUGUCCGACAACGAUCCUCGUGGUCAAGGUCAAUUGGGAGCACUAUGGCUGAGAGGAGGCCUCUGAGGUAUGCGGACAUCGGCAUCAAUCUAGGAGAUCCCGUCUUUCGUGGAGAGUAUCACGGAAAAAAGGCACACGAAGAUGACCUCGACGAUGUGAUUGAACGAGCCGUGGCUGUGGGAUGCACCAAAUUCAUGGUCACGGGAUCCAGCUUGAAAGAGUCUCAACAUGCCGUCCAAAUCGCAAAGCAAUACCCUGGCAAAUGUUACGCGACGGUCGGAAUACAUCCUUGCUCGACGCAAGACUUUGACACCCAUCCCGGUGGGCCCGAGGCAUUAAUUCGAGACCUUCGAGCACUCGCCAUCGAAGCAAAGAACGAUGGCUAUGCUGUCGCUUUUGGCGAGAUCGGUCUGGACUAUGACCGACUGUUUCUGUCGCCCAAAGAUGUCCAACUCCGAUAUUUUGAACUCCAACUUGAUUUGGCCGAAGAAUUGCGAAUGCCACUCUUUCUGCACUCGAGGGCAUGCAACGAGGAUUUCGAGAGGAUUCUUUCAGCACGACUGGACAAGCUUCCCAAGCGUGGACUGGUGCACAGCUUCACCGGCACGGUACCUGAGAUGGAGUCACUGUUGAAGCUUGGAUUCGACAUCGGGAUCAACGGCUGCAGCAUGAAGACCGGAGAAAACCUCGAGGCGGUCAAGGCUGUCCCUCUAGAAAGACUACAGAUUGAGACGGACGGCCCAUGGUGCGAGAUCAGAGCGUCACAUGCAUCAUCACAGUACCUGAAGGACGGCGGCCCGGCAGUGCCAAAAGCGGUGAAGAAGGAAAAGUGGCAAAAAGGGUUGAUGGUCAAGGGACGGAACGAACCAGCUACGAUUGUCCAAGUGGCACAUGUGAUUGCACGGGUAAAAGGUGUCUCGGUGGAAGAAGUAUGCGAGGCGGCAUGGAAGAACUCGACCGAGAUGUUCGUUCUGGGGACUUGUUGAGGUACACUCGACAGUUAUCAAGGCCGAGACUUGUUAGCGUCCAAGUAUUCGUAUCAUUGAGGUCAUCUGAGCGACUUUCGGGGGAGAGGGAGUUGUACGAGUAAACGAGUAGAAUAGAAAGAUAUGGACACUAGAAGAUAGAAGAAGCAUUUCGUUUUGCCA